AUGAAUGCUCAGCAGCAAGAGCAGCAGCAGCAGCAGCAGCAGCAGCAGGAACAGCUGCAAGAGCUGCAACAAAAGCAAGAGCUACAACUACAGCAGCAGCAGCAGCAGCAGCAGCAUGAACAGGUGCAAGAGCAGCAGCAAAAGCAGCAGCAGCUGGAAGACAAUGAAGCUAAAAAGACACAGCAGAAGCUGCAGCAGCAAGAACAAGCUACAAGGGAAGCAACUCCCACAGAGAAGGAAGAGGAGCAGCUGCAGCGGCAGCAGCAGCAGCAGCAGCAACAGCAGCAGCAAGAGGCGCAGCAGCAACAACAGCUGGUAAAGCAGCAGUACGAACAGCGCAUGCAGCAAGUUUCACCGUCUUCUCAUGAACAAAGAGAGCAGCAACAGCAGCAGAAACAGCAGCAGCAAAAGCAGCAGCAACAGCAGCAAAUGCAACCAAGACAAACUACAUCUCAGAGAUUCAGGUGGAAGCAAGAUGUAGUGGAUAAGUUAUGCCUCCCAGGUCCUGUACUGAGCCUGGAUCAGUUCUUGCAGGCAUUUGUUGAUGAUGCUUCGGGGUGCAGCAGCAGUUUAUGUUUAUCUGUUUAUGAUAAAUUAAAAAGCUGCAGCAUUGGCAGCAGCAGCGAGAGCAUCUCUGUGCCGACCCUCCUUGAGCUGCUGCAGCAGCUUCAUGAAGAAGAACUCAUUGCUGCUGCUGCUGCAGCAAAUGCACUCUCUGCUAUGAUCAAAGACUUAGAUGCGAAGCUGAAGAAGACGGAGGGGAAGUCGGCGCUGCAUGAAUUUGCAGCAAAGUGGUUGUUAAGGUACGUGAAUUGCCUGGUCCAGGGCUCUGCUUCGCUUUCCGAGUUAUGUUUAUCUCGUCGAAGCCCUGCAGCAGCAAUUAAUACAUUUAAUUUACAGCUGCAGCAAGCAAAGCCGCACUGGGAGAGAGCUAUUGCUGUUGAACACAAAAUCUCUCUUGAUCAAGCACACCUACUGCUAGAGAAGUGUCUGGUGCAUAUGCAGUCUGCUUUAGAGAAGGACAUCAAUGAAUUGCAGCAGCUGCAGCUAGCAGCAGCAGCAGCAGCAGCAGAUCGUGAGGCAGCAGCAGCAGCAGCAGAAAGACUCCGCAGGAUAACCCCCGAAGAAGCAAAUCGUUUAGGCCUGGCAGGCUCACCAGAAGCAGCAGCAGCAGCAGCAGCAGCAGGAGGUGCAGCAGCAGCAGCAGCAAAUGGUGUUAUAUCUGUUCGAUAUUUAUAUGAAGACGGCAGCGAAGUAGUAAACCCUGCGCAUUUACCUGAAGGAGCUAAGCUUGCUGAAGCAGCAGCAGCAGCAAACUUGCAAGCAACAGUUGCUGCUGCUGCUGCUGCAGCAAAAGCAGCAGAGCAGCAAGCUCUUGACAUCGGAAGAGCUAUGACAUCCGCUACUCAGCUGCAGGCAGUCUCCAGCAGCAACAGCAGCAGCAGCCAACAAGAGCAGCAAGGGACAUCGCUGCAGCAGCUGCAGCAAUUCUAUAGACAGCAGUCUAUCAUUGUUGAGAAGCAGCAGCAACAAAGCAGACAGCAAAGCCACCAACAUCUGCAGCAGCAGCAGCAGCAGCAACAACAGCAGCAGCAACAACAGCAGCAGCAAAAAGUGCUGGAAAUGCAGCAGCAAAUGAGUCAACACGCAGCUGCAGCUGAGGCAGCAAGGAGACAAGAGCAGCAACAAUUGCAGCAACAACAGCAGCAGCAGCAGCAAAGGCAGCACCUUCUGCGCCAGCAAAUGCAACAGCAGCAGCAGCAGCAGCAGCAGCAGCAAAUAGAGACAGUCUCUUCUGUCCCUGCUAGCCCCCAGAUAUCUACAACACCUCACAACCCAUCCUUAUCUACUUGGAUUGGCGCUGCAGGCGAAGGGUUGCAGCAGCAGCAUGCAGCAGCAGCAGCAGCAGCAGCAGCAGCAGCACACAGCAGCAGCCAGGUUCUGACCCGCGCAGCAUCAAUGCAGCUGCCGCCGCAGCAGCACAGCAGCAGCAGCUUCAACCUCAGCAGCAGCACGUGGAAACGAGCAAUAAAUACAGCAGAGAGAAUCGAGUUAUAUGCACGUAGAGGGAGAGGCAGGCCUCCGAGCGUGCCUCCGCCUACAACAGCAGCAGCAGCAGACGAAGCCAAAGCAGAUAACAGCAACAUCCAGCAGCAGCAGCAGCAGCAGCAGCAGCCGCGGCAGCAGCAGCGCAGCCUCAGCCUCACAAACCCUUUAAAGAGCGCAGGAAAGUUUCUGCAGGCUUUGGGGUUGUGGCAGUCCAGUGAAGACAACGAGGACGAGCAGCAGCAGCAACAGCAGCAGCAGCAGCAGCAGCAGCAGCAGCACAGGGCUGCUGGGCUUCCCCCGCUGCCCCCCUCUUCAAUGCCGUUUAUGCCGCCGAUGAUGCUAAGCAAUAAUGCAGGGGCGAACCCUCGUGAGGUGUCUAUGCAGCUCGAUCAGCAUGUGCAGCAGAUGCAGCAGCAGCUGCAGCAGCAGCUGCAUCAGCAAUUCCUCAGGCAGGUAAGAGCCAUGCAAGGAGGAGCAACAGCAGCAGCUGCAGCAGCAGCAACAACAGCAACACCCAAUCCUCUGGACCCUCAACAAAUGCAGCAGCAAAUGCAGCAGCAAUUCAUGCAGCAGCAGCAGCAAAUGCAGCAGCAAAUGCAGCAGCAAUUCAUGCAGCAGCAACAGCAGCAACAGCAGCAGCAACAACAACAGCAAUAUAUACAGCAGCAGCAGCAAAUGCAGCAGCAAUACAUGCAGCAGCAAAUGCAAGAGCAACAACAGCAGCAAAACCAACAGCACCAACAACAGCAGCAUCAGCAGCAGCAGCAGCAGCAGCAGCAAGGCCGCCGUAUAGCUGUUCGCUCUUUGUCAGAAGUACCGCCUGUACAGUUAGGAGAGACAAAAAUAACAAAGGGUUUAGAGCAGCUUGAAGCUCUAACUCACAGCCAACUUGAGGUGUAUGCUCAGCAGUUUGGGGUGUAUGCAACUCCAGAAGCAGCAGCAGCAGCACUCGGUGGCGUCCCUUUGCCCGGUGUGGGGGCUCUGAAGGGUCAGGGAGGCACUCAUCUUGUUAAGAUACAGCAGCAGCAGCAGCAGCAGCAGCAGCAGCAGCAGCAAAUGCAGCAGCAGCAGCAUAUGCAGCAGCAGCAAAUGCACCAGCAGCAGCAACAUUUUAAACAUCAACUGGAGAAACAACAUAUGCAACUGCAGCAUCAACAGCAACACAUACAGCAGGAACACAAACAGCAGCAGCAGCACCAGCAAAUGCAGCAGCAAAUGCAGCAGCAAAUGCAGCAGCAAAUGCAGCAGCACUUUGUUGGUACAAUCGAACAGGUUAAUGCCUUGAAGCAGCGACAACUCGCAGAGAUGCAAAUGCAACGAACACAAAUAUAA